CGUCGGCAGAGUUCAGGUUGGUACAUAUGCGGCGGACCAUAGUAUGGAUUGCGCCUGACGAAGCAUUCGACGACAUGACACCAUUUGUACGCGGAUGUACAUCUCGGCUCGCGACCUUUGCCCUGAUAGGUAUUGCCAGCGCAGGUGACAGAAAAUAUGAGUGGCUGAUUCGCUACAUGGCCUAGAUCACCACCAUGAAUAACCUACCAUACCCUCUCCACAGGUGUCAAAGCAUGAGGAUGUUUGCAGAUCAUUGGAAUGCCAACGAUAUAUGUACCUCGUCAAUCCCAGCGCAAGCUAGAGUCGUGCGACAAUGAGUCCUGUAGUCAGUCGCAACCGCCAAGAAUCCCCAAAAUGGCAUUGUAACGCGCUCGUUUGAGAAGCGUUGAAGCGCUCUUCGCUGGUGGCAACCACGGAGCUGUUACCGACCGACGCCGGUCCCGCACUGCAUGUAGGUUUAUUCAUCAG